AUGUUCCGACGGCGACAAAAAAUCCUAUUGUCUUUGCUGUUCAUCUUUAUCUUCCUAUUACUGCGCCCCGCCAACAACAACAAAAUCAGUCAAAAGCAGAUUAUCCAAGAAAUUCAAGGCCAAGGAGCGGUCGUCGAGGAGAACCUAGACCAAGACAUCGUUUUCGACGAGAUUAACGCCGAUUCUGCAAUGCGAGAAGAGGAGAACGUCGGCGAAGAAAUUGAAAAGGAACUGCCUUUCAAAUUCCUCAUCGACGAGCCUCACUUUUGCGCCAAGGACCUGCUUGUCUUGAACAUGAUGCCGGUGAGCGUGGGCGACGCCGAGGCCCGAGCGCGAAUACGGCGGAUGUGGGGCUCCAGGGAGGUCGUGGCCUCGACCAAGCUCCGCCCUCUGUUCCUGGUGGGGGAGUCCAGCGACACCGGGCAGCAGCGUCGCCUUCUGGAGGAGAGCGACGAGUACCACGACGUGAUCCAGGUGGGCUUCGUGGACUCGUACCUCAACCUGACGCUGAAGACCCUGUCGGCGCUGCAUUGGAAGCACACGCGCUGCCGCCACGUCCCUUGGCUGCUGAAGAGCGACGCCGACGUCUUCGUGAGUCCUUGGUCCGUCUCGGAAGUCCUUCAGAAAGCAACCGAGGACAUCGUCUGCCGCGUGCUGUAUGCCAGAAUCGUGUGUCGACCUCACAAUUGCAAGGACAAGAGAUGGAUUAUCCCGCCUGAACUAUAUCCCCACGACCAUUACCCUCCGUACUGCAACGGCCCGGCCUACGCCGUCAGCCAGAAAUUUAUCCAGAAAGUACUACCCGCCGCUUCUGCCAAAAACCCUUUCCCGAUGGAGGACGCCUACUUCACGGGCAUCCUCGUCCAGGGCACGGGUCUCCGCUACCAGGACAUCGCCAAGCGCUGUCAACUGUACCACCUGAGGGAGCCUCCUCACGACGCGAUUGCCAGCGGGAGAAUGCUCUUCGUUGUCAACCCGGAAGAGAAAAGCGGACGACGGUACACGCUCGAAGACCUCUGGAAAAGACUCAAAGCCACACGAAUCUCACACAGAGGGUAGUUAGUUUAUUAAUGUAGUUCUCUUCUCAGAAGAAUUGGUUUCGAAAACAAGAAGGAUGCUUUACUUAUUAGUGGUGUAAAAUUAUUAUUAUAAUAGUAAAAACGAAGUGGGAUUAAUAACGAUGAUGGUAUUGCU